AUAAUAAUAAUAUUAUCGCUAUUGUAGCUCAUAUUUUUCUUUUUGCUUAGUUUUUCGGAUGAGAGUUUUGUGUGCGCGAAUGUAUGUACAAGAUUCUCCUGUUUUACCUUUUGUCUUGCUUUGUUAUUUUAAAAGUCUUUGUUCUUGGUUUUUAUGUAUGUAAUAAGCUGCUUGCCCAUCUCUUGCCAUGAUCCUCACUCGGGAUCCUAAACAUCUUCUAUAAAAAAUUGUAGGAUAAGCACCCGCAAAGUGUGUGUCCCUGUCUGUUUAUACGUAUGUAUGUACGUGUGUGCGUGUUGUGUGUGUGUGUGUGUGUGUGUAUGAUUUCGGAAAUCGUUUUAGUCAUAACAGAAAAAAAUAAAUAAAAUAUAAUAAAGCUUUUCAAGUGUCGUUUCAAUUAAAUGGUUGUCAAUAAAAAAACUCUAGUCAAAAUGUAAUAAAAAAAAAAAAAAAUUAGAGCUAAUUAUACAUUUUAUUAAUGUAAGAAAUAAAAAGAAAAUAAUGUUUUAAAAAAUAUUUUAAGGAAUAGGUGGAGAGCUUUUGAUCGAUAAAUGAAUAAAUGAAAAAUUGAUAAGAAAUACAUAAAAUAAAAAAUAAUCUUAAAAUUGUUGUUAUUAAUUGGAAACAAAGAGUUAUUUGCCGAAAAUUUGUUGUUGAAACAUUUUUACAUGGAAUAAUUAUGACAUGGGAUCUUGUACGCGACGACACUUUUUGCUGUCAACAUGCUUUCUGCAAAUGAUAACAAUAAUCGAACGUCAAGUAUUCGAUUUUCUCGGAUACAUGUGGGCGCCUAUAUUUGUAAACUUCUUUCACAUAUUAUUUAUAAUAUUUGGAUUUUAUGGAGCAUAUCACUUUAGAAUAAAAUAUAUAAUAACAUACUUAAUAUGGAGUUUUCUCUGGAUAGGUUGGAAUGCAUUUUUAAUAUGUUUUUACUUAAAUGUGGGUACAUUGGACAAAGAUAGUGACUUACUGAAUUUGGGCACCGGUAGCGUGUCAUGGUUUGAGGUGAACGGUUACGGCUGUAAGCCCACAUAUCCCACAAAUUUUACCUCAGAAGAUCCUUACCGUCCCAUACGCCCGGAACGUGUAGAUGACUGCUUGCUAACGUACGAUUUAAUCGAAGUCAUACAUUCAGGUGUACAAUGUGCUCUGGCGCUUCUUGGUAUCCUGGGAGCUAUAUUAAUCAGCUAUAUAUUCCUCGAUGAAGAUGACAGAUUCGAUUUCAUGAAUGGUGAUGCGAAGAGUCCCCAGCACACCGUGGUUCAUCCAAUGUACGUGAGCUAUACAAGUAUACCGACUUCGGCAAGUGCUACCAUGCUAUCAACCAGCAAUAAUAAGCAUAUUAAUCAUCAUCAUCUAAAUAACAGUAACAGUAACAGUAACAGUUAUCAUCUCAGUACUCAUCAUGGCGUUAUGCAAGAGCAAGCAAAUUACUCACCCCAACAGCAACAGCAUAAACUUCACCAUAAGCUCCAUCAAUACGAUCAACAACAGCAAAAUUUUAGUAAUAGUACGACAACAACAACUAACAGUAACAAUAAAGCCAUAAAUAAUGGCAACACAUUUUUGAUACACCAUCACCAUAAUAAUCAUCGUGCUACUCCCAAUAAGGGCACUAGUAGUCUAAAUAGUGGUGGCCGCACCUAUUUAAGCGGUGGUAGUUUGAAUAGUCAGUUCAACGCGAACAACGGUAGUUAUAGUAAUAGAAAGCAACAAAAGUGCAAUUACAGCAGCCGUAGCAAUACACCUAACGCUAGCAAGACUAGCACAUUAACUCAUAUGCUCUAUAGUCCGAAACAAAUGCGUAAAAUAGGUUCGACAACGACAAGUAUUUUUCCAGCCCCUACAACCACGGCCGUUGAUUUAGCAUACAAGCAAUCAUUCUACGAUGACAGCACGGCUAAGGCCGAUCAUCAACUGUAUUCAAAUAAUUCUCGUCAUCAUUUUUCGCCACACACACACACACCUACGCAGGAUACGACUCCGUCUCUGUCUUAUGCCUCUUUACAGAAUUCGAAUCAAAAUUUGGUAUCUAGCUUAAGUGGUUGCGGUGUUGCGGGAGGAAGUAGAGGUGGUAGUGCAUGCGGUGGUGGCGUUAGUUCAGGCACUGGUACAGGUAUGGCUAGUCCCUUAAGUAAUAGUAACUAUAGUUUAACAAAUAGUUUGAAUAACAAUGUUACGGUGGGCACUAGCAACAGCGGCGGACAUUUCGCCCGCAUACACGGUAAACCUAAGCCACCCAAAUCCUCUAGUUAUAGUAGCUUCCUACAAGGUGGCAGCGGUUACAAUAGCAUCACCACAACUAGCUCCGGUAAUCAUGUACAACGACCUGAUAUCAAAUACACGCAAAUAUCUAACAAUGAACAACGUUUAUCUAACAAUAUCGACGAGGCAUACGAAGAAGAUAAUUUUUCAUUGCAGAAUUUCAAAACUGAUGAAGGCAUAACGUACGUACCUUUCACUAAGCCCACACCUACUCCUUUAACGACUAAUAGUAAUUAUUUUAUACAGAAGAUCGAAGGUGAUAAUAAAAAUCCUUCUUAUGCUUCUAUUGUUUCACUCAGCAAUGAACAAAAUUCUCUGAAUAAUAAUAGCAAUGAUAAUAAUAAUAAAAACAACAAUAGCAGUAGUGGUAGUAGAAAGAUUUUAAGUCCAAACAAUAAUAGUAAUAAUAAUAAUAAUAAUAAUAGUCUUCCCUUUGCAAAUGAUAAUGCAGGUAUUUUACUAGAAAGGGGAGCAAUUUUGCAACCAGCUUCUUUACAAAAUCCGGCCAUGCAAGUGAACAUUUUGAAUCCGGCCCAAAGAAUACUAUAUCAACAGAAUGGUUUACCAUUUCAUCCGGCUUACUCUCCGAUGACAUAUCGAGCUAGUAAUAUACCGCGUCCCACAAAUAUACCAUUGCCGACUAUACCGGCUCAAGUGGAGGGAAAUGAAUUAAUUUCACCCUCAGAUUUUACACCACCACCACCGCCGCACAAUCCGAAACCACAUAUUUUUCAACCGCGUUCGGGGCAAGCCCCAUAUCCUGACUUAUCGCCCGAGGUGGCAGAACGAUAUGCUAUGCCCACGCAAUACGUGCCGCGUUCGCCAGUGGCUUCACGCAUUAUUCGACGUCAGCGCCAACAAGCCCAGGCUACUCAAGACAAACCUUUUGCGGUAAAUUUUUGCGAUCAGAUACGUGAUACACCGCCCGGUUAUACAGACAAUGGUUAUAAAAUUGCUCGUGCCAAAAGUCACGAUCGUUUAAAUAACUCACAGCCGGUUGUUCUAAGAGACAAAGAGAAGAGCACGUCACGUCCUGGAGAAUCUACGCCGAAUGGUUUGCAACAAAUUAAAGAUCUGGCACCGCAUGUGAAUCGUCGUAGCGGACGACGGGACGGAAACAAAGUAAGACCACGAUCUUACUGCAAUUCUAUGACGGGGGGAGAGGGUGUUAUACGUGUCAAUAUAGCUACGGAUCGCGAGAAUAGUAUGAGAAAUGAAGCUUUGAGUUAUGCAGCCUAGACGAAAAAAAAAAUAAAGUCUCUUUGCUUACAUUUAUUGUAAAUAACUUUGAACUUUUCAUAUUGAUCCUAUCUCACAAGAGCACUUUUCACUUUUCAUACUCUCUCUUUCUCUCUCGCUCGCUCGCUCGCUCUCUCUAUGUUUUAAGCACCUACUCUUUUUGAGAUUAUAAAUAUUUAAAUAAAAGAAAAAUCACAAAAAAUUCUCAAUUAUUCUAGACUUAUAGACUGUGACUGCUGAACAUUUCUGGUUACUGGUAACUUUACUCAAGAGAACUGUGUGUGGUUUCUACAUAGUCCGCAAGUCGCAUUGAGUUCUUCUUUCUCUAGUUCUUUAUUCCUCUCUCUCUCUCUCUCUCUCUCUCUCACUCUCUCUGUAUAUUUUCAUAAGCAAUGCUGCCAAGUUUCAAGUUGCAUAGUUCCUUUGCUGUGCGAAAAAGUAGGUAAACGUUUUUAAGUAAAUUUUAUAAACCUUCUUUUGUGUCUAUAAAUACCUACCUAUAUAUAUAUGCGUGAGUAACUGCUGUGUACUAAAAAUGUGUUGAUUUGUUGAAUUUUUAACUUUCUUCUUUUACAUGUAUAUGUUUUCCUAUUCAAUUUUUUUAUUUUUUUUAUUGUUGAAAUAUUCAUAUUUUAGCACUCGUUUCUCUGCAAGAGAAAUAUGAAAACGUAUUUCAAAAUAUGAAAUUUUCAAGCAAAAAAAAAAAAAAAAA